GUUUCAAAAAAAAUAUUUUCUUGAUUUGUUAAAAUGAACUAGUAAAUAGAAACAAAUAUAACAGAAAAUAUGGGCGAGUAAAUGGGGACAAGGGAGUUUUUCGGAAUUAAAUCAUUGAAACGAUGAUUAAAUUUUGUGAUUGGAGUGAUAGGGCGGUUUCUUGAUUAGCGUGUUCGAUUUGAUGGUCGAAGCCCGCAAAGAAAAAGAUAGAAUCAAGUUUCUGGAUCGUCGGAGCCGGAGACUGAGUAGACCGGCCGGAAUUAAGCAACAGCCAGUUGGAACUGCAUCCUAUAAAUCUAGAGGUUUAGUUGGAAUAUCAAAUGCUAAAGAAAAGCUUAGAAGAACAAUUUCACCAAGAAAUGGAAGUAUUUCAUCUACUACAAAUGAUGUACCAAAGGGACAUUUUGCGGUUUAUGUUGGUGAAACAUAUAGAAGAUUUGUUGUUCCAAUUUCUUACUUGAAUCAUCCUUUAUUUCAAGAUUUGUUACAUUGGGCUGAAGAAGAAUUUGGGUAUAAUCAUCCUAUGGGAGGUAUUACAAUUCCAUGUAGUGAAGAUUACUUUAUUAGUCUCAUUUCUUUACUAAAGUCAUCAUAGACUUUAAAGUGUUGUAAACUUAUUUCAUCUUAUAGACUUAGUGAUUUUUCUGUUCUUUUAUUCCUAUCUGGAAUUCAUUGGUUCGACUCAUUCGAAUUUAUGCAACUCUCAUUUUCCCACGAAGAGUUACUUUAUUUCGAAACAUUUGAUUAAGAGAGUUUGACUAGGUCAGUCUCGAUCUAUGCAAUUUUGUAGCAUGGACUAUUCCCAAUGUAAUAUGUAUAUUCAAUAUUCAAAUAAUGUUUUUUUCUAAA